AUGAGCUCGCUCAAGAGAAAGGACGCCCCUGGUGGUGGCUCCUCGGCGGCCAAAGCCGCCAAGACACACAGCGCCUCGCGGCCCUCCAAGUCCUCGACCGCAAAGCCCGACAAGUCCUCCUCCAAGACCGACUCCAAGCCGUCCUCCAAACCCGCCACCGCUCCCGCCCUCUCGCGCCUCAAGGAGGAGGAGCCCCUGUUUCCCCGAGGCGGCGGCAGCGUGCUGUCCCCCCUGGAGCACAAGCAGAUCCAGAUCCAGGCCAAGCAGGAUGUGCUGUUCGAGCAAGCCUCGGGCCAGCACAAACCCGACCGCGCCGUCAAGAAGAAGAAGUCCAAGGGACAGCUCAAGGACGACAAGGCCGGCGCCGCCCAGGAAGACACGGCCAAGAUCGAGAGUCUGAACUACAAGCGCCUGGUCAAGGGCUCUCUGGUUCUGGCUCAGGUCUCCGAGAUCAACCUCCUGGACCUCGCCUUGGCGCUCCCCAACAACCUCGUUGGCCAUGUGCCAAUCACCGCCAUCUCCGACGCUCUGAAUGACCGUAUCGCCGCCGAAGCUGCCGCCGACGACGAUGACCAAGGCGACGAGACCGCCCGAGACGACGUCGACCUCAAGUCGCUGUUCACCGUCGGCCAGUACCUUCGCGCCUAUGUUACAUCUACCCUGGAAGAAUCCACUGAGCUGUCAGGGAAGCCCAAAAAGCGCAUUGAACUGUCCUUGCGCUCUGAGCAGGCCAACAGCGGCCUGUCUAGCAGGGACAUCGCCGCCAACACCACCGUCAUGGCAACUGUUGUCAGUGUCGAAGACCACGGUUUCGUCAUGGAAGUUGGCCUCGAGGACUCCAAGCUCAAGGGCUUCCUCCCUCGCAAGGAGCUUGACCCCUCCAUCUCCGAGGAGAGGAUGCAGCCCGGUGCCGUUCUCCUGUGUCUGGUCGCCAGUGCCAAGCCAAGCGGAAAGAUUGCCCAGCUCACUACCAUUCAGAGCAAGAUUGGGAAGAUUCAGAACUACGCGUCGGAUGCCACAACCAUCAACGCCUUCCUGCCUGGUUCUGCCGUCGAACUGUUGGUCUCGGACAUUUCAGCACGCGGCAUCGCCGGCAAGGUCAUGGGCUCGCUCGAUGUCAUCGCCGACGUGAUUCACUCCGGCGCUGGCCCUCAGGCGAUUGACCUGGAAACCAAGUUCAAAGUGGGCAAGAAGGUCAAGGCCCGCGUUAUUUGUAACUUCCCGACGUCGGAUGACCCCAAGCUCGGCGUCUCGUUCCUCGACCACCUCGUCAACCUGCGGUCCAAAGAGACUGAAGGUCCCAACAAGUUACCCCUGAAGUCGCUGCCAAUAUCGAGCAUAGUCGAGAAGUGCACAGUCACCAAGGUUGAACCCGACAUCGGCGUCUUUGUCGAAAUCGGUGUCAAGGGAGUGUCUGGUUUCGUUCAUAUCUCCCGCCUCAAGGACGGCAAGGUCGAUAUGAUCUCGGCGUCGUCUGGCCCAUUCCAGGUGGGUACAGUCCACCGCGGAAGGGUUGUGGGCUACAACCCCAUGGAUGCUCUGUUCCAACUUUCCUUUGAAAAGCACAUCCUCGAUCAGCCUUUCCUCCGGAUAGAGGAUAUUCCUAUUGGCCAAGUUGUAAAUGGUACCAUCGAGAAGCUUGUCAUCGGCCAAGAUGGAAUCAAUGGCCUCCUGGUUAAACUCGCCGAGGGCAUCACUGGGUUCGUUCCUGAAAUACAUCUAGCCGACGUCAAGUUGCAGCAUCCCGAGAAGAAGUUCAAGGAGGGCUUGAAGGUCAGAGCCCGCGUGAUUUCUACCGACCCUCUCAAACGCCAGGUUCGACUCACGUUGAAGAAGACCCUCCUCAACUCUGAGGCGGUUCCCCUCCAGUCAUUCGACCAGCUAGUCGUAGGCCUGCAGGUUCCGGCCACCAUCAUCAGCAUCGUGGCAAAUGGUGCCAUCGUGCAGUUCUACGGCUCGCUAAGAGGUUUCCUCCCCGUCUCGGAGAUGAGUGAAGCAUACAUCCAUGAUCCCAAGGAGUUUUUCCGCGUUGGUCAGGUAGUGGAUGUUCACGUGCUUAACUUCGAUGCCGAAGCUCAGAAGCUCUAUGUGUCCUGCAAGGAUCCGUCUGCUUUCGGAUUGGAGAAGCAAAAAGCACUUCAGACGCUCAAACUGGGAGAAGUGGUGUCAGCCAAGGUUAUUCAAAAGACCGACGACCAUGUUUUCGUGGAGCUCGUGGGCUCUUUGCUUCGCGCUAUGCUUUCUAUUGGCCAUCUUACCGAUGGAUCCAUCAAGAAGAACCAGGCGGCGAUGAAGAAGAUUCAUGUUGGCCAGACCCUCACAGACCUUGUGGUCCUGGACAAGAACGAGGGACGACGAUCCAUCGCCUUGACCAAGAAGCCGAGCCUACUCAAGGCUAGCCAAGAAAGCAAGCUGUUGACGACAUUUGAAGAUGCCAAGGUCGGCGAGCUCUACCAAGGUUUCGUGAGAAACAUCACACUCACUGCUGUCUUCGUCCAAUUUGCCGGCCAAUUGACUGCCUUGCUUCCCAAGGCGAGACUGCCGCAAGAUGUGCAAAAGCAAACCAACUUCGGCAUGGAUAGGAGCCAGUCUCUGGUUGUGAGAGUCGUGUCCGUGGACGCAAGCCACAACAGAAUCGUUGUCUCUCACCCGUCCUCUGAUAAGCAAGACCAGCCCGAAGACAGCAAGCGCUCAAGCGAAACCGGCAUCAAGGCCGAGAACCCCGUCGAUGAGGCCAUCGUUAGCCUUGAUGACAUCUCUGUCGGCAAAGUGACCAAGGCUCGAGUGGCCUCCGUGAAGAACUCACAGCUGAACGUGAGGCUCGCAGACAAUCUCCAGGGCCGCGUAGAUGUGUCUCAAGUCUUCAACUCCUGGGACGAUAUCGAGAAUACAAAACAACCCCUCAAGAAGUUCUCGCAAGGAGAUGUCAUACCUGUGCGAAUUCUUGGAGUACACGAUGCAAAGAACCACAGGUUCUUGCCAAUCUCCCAUCGUUCUACGCAUUCCGUCUUCGAGCUCUCUGCCAAGCCUAGCGAUGUCAACGGCAAAGCCCCUUCGUCGUUGUCUUACGAGAAGCUCAAGGUCGGGUCUAGUCACGUGGCAUUCGUCAAUAAUGUACAAGAAAGCUCCCUGUGGGUGAACCUUUCCCCCAACGUCAGGGGCAGAAUCAAUGCUCUUGAGGUUUCUGAUGAUGUCUCGCUCCUUGAGAACAUGGCAGCAAACUUCCCAGUCGGUUCUGCCCUCCGUGUACGAGUACUCUCGGUUGAUCCCGCGCAAGGCCGCCUUGAUCUCUCUGCACGGUCUGCAGCCUCCACCAGUGAGCUAAGCUGGGACACCAUCAAGCAGAACAUGGUACUUCCUGGAAGAAUAACAAAGAUCAACGAGCGCCAGAUCAUGGUUCAGCUGAGCAAUGCAGUAUCCGGCCCGAUUCACUUGACGGACAUCAGUGAUGAUUACGACGAGGCUGGUACAACCGCCCACGCAAAGAACAGUGUAAUCAGAGUCUCCGUUGUUGAUGUUGACAAGAGCAACAAGAAACUCCGGCUCUCGUCCCGCCACUCCAGGGUCCUUAACUCAUCCGCAAAGGUCAAGGAUCGGGAAAUCACCAAGGUCUCGCAACUCAACGCUGGCGACGUCAUCAGGGGGUUUGUCAAGCACGUCUCAGACAAGGGUGUUUUUGUAGCGCUCGGUGGCGAUGUCUCGGCUAUGGUCAAGAUCUCCGAUCUCUCGGACAGAUUCUUGAAAGAAUGGAAAGAUUCCUUCCAGAUCGAUCAGCUCGUGAAGGGUCGCGUCCUCUCGGUAGACCCGACAUCGGGUCAUGUUCAGUUGAGUCUGAAGGCGUCGGUAGUGGAGAAGGACUUCGUGCCGCUGCUGAACUACUCGAAUUUCCGCGAGGGUCAGAUCAUUACCGGAAAAGUUCGCAAGGUCGAGGAUUUUGGUGCUUUCAUUCUCGUCGAUGGCACAUCCAACGUCAGCGGUCUGUGCCACAGAAGUGAAAUGGCCGAGAAGUCCGUGGAAGAUGCUCGCAAGCUGUUCACCGAGGGAGACGCUGUCAAGGCCAUCAUUCUCAAGCUGGACGUCCAGAAGAAGCGCAUCAACUUUGGCCUCAAGCCCUCGUACUUCGAAGAUGAAGAUAGUGACAUGAGUGACAGCGAUGACGCCGGUGCUGCACUGCUUUCUGACGAUGAUGAGGAUGAGGAGAUGGACGAUGCUGCAAGCGGUGUUCUUAUUACGGGCACUGACAACGUAUCUGAUGAAGACGAUUCGGAUGAUGAUGAGGAGGAAGACGAGGAUGUUGAAAUGUCAGAUGGAGCUGGCGACGAAGUGGAAGGACUCGACGCCGGCGGUUUCGACUGGGACACCAACGCCCUGAACAAGGCAGAUGGCGCUGCUGAGAAGGGAGAUGCCGAGAGUACACAGGACAAGAAGAAGAAGCGCAAGAAGGCUCAACCUGAGGUUGACCACAGCGGUGAUCUCGACGCAUUUGGCCCACGUACUGCGGCCGACUACGAGCAGCUUCUCAACCGCAAGCCCAACUCCUCUGCCCUAUGGAUAGAGUACAUGGCGUAUCAGAUGCAGUCAAGCGAGCUCGCCGGCGCUCGUCGGGUCGCCGAGCGUGCCAUUAGCACCAUCAACAGCUCCGAGGAGACCGAGAAGCUCAACGCCUGGAUCGCCUACCUCAAUCUCGAGGUCCGCUUCGGUACCGAGGAGACGGUCGACGAGGUGUUCAAGCGCGCGCUGCAGGUCAACGACCAGCAAGAAGUCUAUCAGCGCGUGGCAAGUAUCUACGUCCAGGAGGACAAGUCCGACAAAGCCGAUGAGCUGUUCCAGACGCUCGUCAAGAAGUUCGGUGCCACCUCCCCCGAGGUCUGGGUCAACUACGGCCACUGGCUGCACUCGGUGCAGGACCAGCCGGAGCGGGCGCGGGCGCUGAUCCCGCGGGCGACGCAGGCGCUGCCGCAGCACGCGCACCUGCCGCUCAUCACCAAGUUCGCCGCCAUGCAGUUCACGUCGGCGCACCCGAACCCGGAGCUGGGCCGCACCAUGUUCGAGAGCCUGCUGGCCUCGUUCCCCAAGCGCUUCGACCUGUGGAACCAGCUGCUCGACCACGAGGACGUGCCGGGCGCCGACCGCGCCGCCGUCCGCGACAUCUUCGAGCGCGCCCUCCGCUCCCGCGCCCUCAAGCCCCGCACCGCCAAGAAGUGGUUCAAGCGCUGGGCCGACUGGGAGGAGCGCCACGGCGACGCGAAGAGCCGCGAGCGCGUCUCGGCCAAGGCUGCCGAGUGGGUGCGCCAGCGCGACGAGGCCAAGCGGUCCAAGGGCGGCGACGAGGCCGACGAGGACGAGGAUUGA